AUGUCCAACCGGCCUAAUUCCAAUCCAGGGGGGUCACUGCGCCGUUCACAGAGGAACACAGCCGCGGCCCAGCCAAUAGACCACACACUUGCAGGAAGGUUGCAGCCAGAGCAAGUAAACCAAAAAGCAAAUUUCCCACCUGAAAGUAGAAGAUCUAAUUCUAAGGCUUCCAAAGCCCCGCCCAGCUCUGCUGUCGGCUCCGCCCGCGGCAACACUUCUCGAAGGAACAGCCUCUCUCUAUCCGUGGGUUCACACUCGAUCCCAGAUCCAGAUUUAGAAGCAGCAGGAACUUCAGGCCAGCAAGGGAGACGGGAGGGCAGCAGCACCCGCGCUCUCAAACGCAGCUCCGCAACAGAUAUCAGCAUCACCUUUUCGCCCAGCCCGGCCAAGCGGCCCAAAGCAGUGUCCAGCCACCUUUUGGAAAGUUCAGCCAGUGGGCCAUCGGCCCCCGCAACCUCACCUGAAGUUACAGAGCCGAAGAAGGCUCCAGCAUCUGUCAGCACCAAGUCCAAAAAGAGACGUUUAGCAGCCGAGCCGGCUCCUGCCAGAGCCCUGAGCAAGAAGAGCGUGUCCUACCCUGGCCCCAGUGGGGUCUCGAGCACCCCCUCUCAAAAGCGCAAGAAGGCAGACGCCUCUUCGUUGUCGUCCUCCUCAUCCUCCCUCCCCAGCUCGAGCAGCGCGGCAGCCCCCCUGCCACCCCGCAGCGAGGCCAGCCGGGCAGCCAAACCCACCAAGCUGGCGUCCAAAUCGGCCGCCUCAGCCAAAGCUGGGUGUAGCACCGUGACUGACUCCUCCUCUUCCUGUGCCUCUUCCUCAUCCUCCUCUUCCUCUUCCUCCUCGGCCGCCACAGGCGCCAACAGCUGUGCCCCUCAGGGUGCCCGGCUAAAGCAGGGCAAGGACCAGAGCAAAGCGCGGCGGUCGCGCUCCGCCUCCUCACCUUCCCCUCGUAGGAGCAGUCGGGAUAAAGAGCAAAACAAGGCUGCCGGCUCCUCCAAGUUUGACUGGACGUCCCGAUUCAAUUCCAAAGUCAACCUGCCAAAGCCCAAACUGUCCCUGCCGGGAUCGGCCAAGGCUGAGACCUCCUCCAAGCCUGGGCCCUCCGGUCUGCAGGCCAAACUAGCAAGUUUGAGGAAGUCCACUAAGAAGCGUAGUGAGUCUCCCCCAGCAGAGCUCCCCAGCUGUCGGAGGAGCACACGUCAAAAGACCACGGGCUCUUGCGCCAGCACCAGUCGGCGAGGCUCAGGCCUGGGCAAGCGCGGGACAGCCGAAGCUCGCCGACAGGAGAAAAUGGCCGACUCUGACAACAACCAGGAUGGGGCCAAUUCAUCGGCCGCGCGCACAGAGGAAACACCCCAAGGGGCGUCAGCAUCUAGCUCAGUAGCUGGAGCUGUUGGCAUGACCACCUCUGGAGAGAGUGAAUCAGAUGAUUCUGAAAUGGGAAGACUGCAAGCUCUGCUGGAGGCCAGGGGUCUUCCUCCUCACCUGUUUGGGCCCUUUGGGCCCCGUAUGUCUCAGCUGUUUCAUAGGACCAUUGGGAGUGGAGCUAGCUCAAAGGCACAGCAGCUGCUGCAGGGUCUGCAGGCUACAGGUGAUGAAUCCCAGCAACUCCAGGCUGCUAUAGAGAUGUGCCAGCUGCUAGUGAUGGGUAACGAGGAGACGUUGGGAGGCUUCCCUGUCAAGAGUGUCGUACCUGCCCUGAUCACACUGUUACAGAUGGAGCAUAAUUUUGAUAUUAUGAAUCAUGCAUCUCGCGCCCUCACCUACAUGAUGGAGGCUCUGCCACGCUCCUCGGCUGUGGUGGUAGACGCCAUCCCAGUCUUCCUGGAAAAGCUUCAGGUAAUUCAGUUUAUUGAUGUGGCAGAGCAAGCCUUGACCGCCCUGGAGAUGUUGUCACGGAGGCACAGCAAAGCCAUCUUACAGGCUGGAGGUCUGGCUGACUGUUUGCUUUACUUGGAGUUCUUCAGCAUCAAUGCUCAGAGGAACGCAUUAGCCAUCGCUGCUAACUGCUGCCAGAGCAUCACGCCGGACGAGUUUCACUUUGUCGCUGACUCUCUGCCCCUGCUCACUCAGAGACUCACACACCAGGAUAAAAAAUCUGUCGAAAGCACUUGUCUCUGUUUUGCCAGGCUGGUGGACAACUUUCAGCAUGAGGAGAACCUGUUACAGCAAGUGGCGUCACGGGACCUGCUGACCAACAUCCAGCAGCUGCUGGUUCUCACUCCACCUGUGCUCAGCUCUGGCAUGUUCAUCAUGGUAGUGCGCAUGUUCUCUCUCAUGUGCUCCAAUUGCCCAUGCCUGGCUGUGCAGCUCAUGAAACAGAAUAUAGCAGAGACUCUUCGUUUCCUGCUAUGUGGAGCAUCCAAUGGGAGCUGUCAAGAACAGAUUGACCUUGUUCCCAGAAGCCCCCAGGAGCUUUAUGAACUCACCUCGCUUAUUUGUGAGCUGAUGCCAUGUCUGCCCAGAGAGGGCAUCUUUGCGGUUGAUGCAAUGCUUAAGAAAGGAAGUGCCCAGACUACAGAGGGCGCCAUCUGGCAGUGGAGAGAUGACAGAGGCCUGUGGCACCCGUACAACCGCAUUGACAGCCGUAUCAUUGAAACCGCACACCAGAAUGGAGAAGAUGAAAUAAGUCUGUCGACACUCGGCCGUGUCUACACCAUUGACUUCAACUCUAUGCAGCAGAUAAAUGAAGACACUGGCACUGCCCGUGCCAUUCAGAGGAAACCCAACCCUCUGGCCAACCCCAACACAGGAGGGCACUUGGAGGUGCGGCGAGAGGACGCACGUGCUCAGCUGAUGAAAGAGGACCCUGAGCUGGCCAAGUGCUUCAUAAAGACUCUGUUUGGGGUCCUUUAUGAGGUGUACAGUUCCUCAGCCGGGCCUGCCGUCAGACACAAGUGCCUUAGAGCCAUCCUCCGGAUCAUCUACUUCGCAGAUGCAGACCUGCUUAAAGACGUACUGCGCAAUCAUGCUGUGUCUAGUCACAUAGCUUCCAUGCUGUCGAGUCAGGACCUGAAGAUUGUAGUGGGCUCUCUGCAGAUGGCUGAAAUCCUCAUGCAGAAACUACCAGAUGUAUUCAGUGUUUAUUUCAGGCGUGAAGGUGUGAUGCACCAGGUAAAGAACCUAGCCGAAUCCGAGGUGUUCCUCACCAGCCCCCCGAAAGCGUGCACCAGCGGCACAGCUAGUCUUUGCACCACCACUAUCACCACGGCAACCACUACAGCUGCCUCAAACGUCACACCCGACUUGGGCUCCCCCAGUUUCCAGCACAGCAUGGACGACUCGCUGGACCUCAGUCCUCAAGGUAGGUUGAGUGAUGUUCUGAAAAGAAAACGCCUUCCUAAAAGAGGACCGAGGCGUCCAAAGUACUCCCCACCCAGAGAUGAUGACAAAGUGGAUAAUCAGGCUAAGAGUCCGACAACCACACAAUCCCCCAAGUCUUCUUUCCUGGCCAGUUUGAAUCCCAAGACCUGGGGUAAGCUGGGAACUCAGACAAACAGCGCUAACUCAGAGCCCUCACGCACUGCUGGGGUCAGUGGUCUGGCAAGAGUACCGCCUAAGGACUCUGUAUCAAACAACAGGUGGGUACAGGUCUCGGUCCUACGCAAGAGUUCUAUGCUCUGGUGUCUCAGGAGUUGCAGAGGGCUGAUUUGGGUCUUUGGAGAGGAGAAGAAGUCUCUCUCUCCAAUCCUAAAGGGAGUCAGGAGGGUACCAAGUAUAUGUUCAGUUCCAGGGGUUUGUUUGCUGUACCGUUUGGACGAACUACCAAACCAGCUCACAUCGCCAAGAUCAAAAUGAAGUUUCGUUUUCUUGGGAAACUCAUGGCUAAAGCGAUCAUGGACUUCAGAUUGUUGGACUUGCCUCUAGGUUUGCCAUUCUAUAAGUGGAUGCUGAGGCACGAGUCCUCCAUCAGCUCUCACGACCUAGUUAACAUUGAUCCUGGUGUCGCCAAAUCCAUCCAGCACUUGGAGGACAUCAUCCGCCAGAAGAAGAGAAUAGAGCAGGACAGAUCACAUACGCGGGAGACCCUGCAGCAGGCCUUGGAGAGUCUCAACAUGAACGGCUGCUCGGUGGAAGAUCUAGGGUUGGACUUCACUCUGCCUGGAUUCCCAAACAUAGAGUUGAAAAAAGGGGGCAAAGACGUGCCAGUCACCAUUCACAACCUGGAGGAAUACCUCAGAUUGGUGGUCUACUGGACACUCAAUGAGGGCGUCUCUCGGCAGUUUGAGUCGUUUAGGGAAGGAUUCGAGUCUGUUUUUCCUUUGCAACACCUGCAGUACUUCUAUCCUGAAGAGCUGGAUCAGUUGUUAUGUGGCAGUAAGUCAGAGUCCUGGGAUGUGAAGACACUAAUGGAGUGCUGCAGACCAGACCACGGCUACACGCACGACAGCCGUGCAGUGCGGUUCCUGUUUGAGGUGCUGAGCAGUUUUGAUGGGGAGCAGCAGAGACUUUUCCUGCAGUUUGUCACAGGGAGCCCCAGACUUCCUGUCGGAGGAUUCCGGAGUUUGAACCCUCCCCUCACCAUCGUCCGGAAGACGUUCGAGUCGACGGAGAACCCAGACGACUUCCUCCCGUCGGUGAUGACGUGUGUGAACUACCUGAAACUGCCGGAUUACUCCAGCAUCGAGAUCAUGCGCGAGAAACUGUUGAUUGCUGCGCGCGAGGGCCAGCAGUCUUUCCAUCUGUCUUGAUCUCACCUCCUGCACCCUCACACUCAAAAUGGCCUUCAAUCAACUCACUGCAGAACCACACAAAUCGUGACUUCUUCCUUUAGAGUUGCUCUUCCUAUUUCAUUUCCCCCUUUUUCAUUUUUUUUUUUUUUUUUUUAAACACCCACAUUGAGGCAAAAUAUGUACAGCCUACUUGUUUAAAGAAAAGCAGCUUGCAGAAACUAAACAAUAGAACAUAAGAGACUUCCUUUUGACUCCUAAACAGGAGGAAAGGGUGUUAUGCGACUCAUCAGAUUUCAAAAAAAGAAAAGAAAACAUUUUUUUUUAAAGAAAUGUUUAAAAAAAUAAAACACUUCAGAGCAGAUUAUUAAAAUAUAUCAGUAGUUGAGAGAUGUUCAAUCUGAAAAAAAAAAAGAAAGGAGAAAAACCUGGGUGACAUUUUAAAUCUUGCGUUGCUGUCUGAUGUAUCAAGAAUAAAGGGAUGUUUUUUUUUUUUUUUUUUUUUCUCUACUGGUGAAUGACAUCUUCACUGUGUGUUCCUGUUGGGGAGGGGGCAUUCAUCAAGCCGGCGAGGGUUCCUAUAGCUCCAAAGAUCAUUUGUACAGACAAACAUUUGCAGAUUUUGCUUAUUCGACACAUUUGAUAGAAUAGCUGUGUGCUCUCCUGCCCAGUUUCCCCUCUGUUCUGUACUAUACCCCUGGAGUCUUGUUGCAUUUUGGUUCCAUUUCAUUUAUUUCUCUUGUGUUACUUUUCCCCCUCCUGUUUAUUUGAAAGGGUUUUUGAACGUGUAAAAGAGUUCCAGUUGGUUGAAUGCGGGUAGUGUUGGAAGUGUAGUAUCUUUAUAAUAUUAUUAUUAUUAUUAUAAUUAUUAUUAUUAUUGUUUUGUUUUGUUUUUUUAACCCAAGUUGAAAUUGUUUUCUGGCCGACAUUUCACAUAGAGUGUCAGCUCCAUGUUGAAAAGCUGUAUCCAUUGAGUUGGGUAAAUAGACUCCUAUAUGGUUAUAGUAGUGUGCCUCUGCUGGACUUCUGGGAACCCGAGGUCUUUAAUGAUGGGCCUGCUGAAGUUGCUUGGCUGAUGAAGCCGGGCUUUAAUCCCAUAAUGUAGCUGAGCACAAGAAAUUCAUUUAAAAGAAUUGGCUGGUCUUAUUUUAUGGUUUCAUGGCCAGAUUGCAUUUCAAAAAAAAAAAAGAAAAAAAAAGUUCAUUAAAUAAAAUAAAGUUUAUAUGCAGGUUUCACACCCGGUUUGAGGUGGGAUUGUCUGCUUUUUUUAUUUUCUAUUGUUUCUUUUUUUCCUCUUGCUGUAGUUUAUUUUUGCACUGCUGGCUUGGAACAAACCGUGGUGUGCACUGCAGUCUGUGGCCAGGAGGAGGUGCUGCUGUGCGCUCUCCUGUCCUCAUUGUUCAUGUGCUGGUUUCUAAGAUCUGCAAUAAUUUACUGCAUCAGGUUCAUGUUUUUACCUGAACAUAAAUAAAGUAAUUGUUUGACUCA